GAUUUCAGUGAUUUGAGACGUUGGCAGUGCCUAAAAUCUGGGCAUGUUGCUCCUCCUGAGUCUCUACUGUGUGCUGUGUGCUGUGAAUAGUGUUGUGAGUAUUAAUUCAUCGGAGAACUUCAAUGAUAUACAGAAUAAGGAUGUAAGGAGGUGGUUCCGCCUCAUGGAUGCUGAACUCAAAUCCCUCAACAAAUACACAUCGAUCAUUGCUUGGGAGUUGAGUGUUAAUCCAUCCGAGAGCUUGGGAGAGAUGGGAGUACAGCUCAACGGAAUCCGUUCUGAAUGGCAGAAGGGAAAAUGUGAAGAAAUUCUGGGAAUUAUUGAACCUCCGUUGGAGACAAAAGUUCAACGAGCUGUAAAUCUUCUCUGCCGUGGCCCAAGAUUCUCCCCCACAGAAGCUCAAGCCCUAUCACGUGCAAUUGCCGAAAUGCAAAACACCUACACAGACACUCAAAUAUGCCUUCCAAAGGACAUUAAUGCCUGCCAAAGACCUGAUUCCCUGUGGGACUUUACCUUCAUCCGCCCUCCUGGUGAUGGUGGAUUGUAUUGGAUGAAUUUGAGGGACUUUGUGCAGGGGGAAGCACCAGCAAAAGCAUCCAAAUAUUUCAACAUAAUCCCAUCAAAUAUGCGAUUUGUCUGCUUUGAUGGAGAACCUGAUCUCGAGAGACUCAUGACGGGAGAUUUUGCUGUAGUCGGUGGAUGUGCCCCAAAAAAUCCCGAAACUAUCUAUCAUUGGGCGUGGGAAGCAUGGAGGGUAGCUGUGGGAAUUCCCAUUGGUAAUGUCUAUCCCACAGCUGUGGCUCUAAUGAAUCGCGGAGCUCAGAAUGCUGGGUAUCACGAUACUGGGGCAAUUUGGCGCGAAGAGCUCGAAAUGGAAGAUUUGGAAGGCGAGAUGAAGGCAUUGUGGAGUGCUGUGGAACCCCUCUAUGCACUUUUGCACGCUGUUGUGCGACACUUCCUGGUGGAAAAGUACCGCAAUAAUCCCCUUGGGGACUUUACGGAGCACGGAAAAAUACCAGCUCAUAUUCUCGGCAAUAUGUGGUCCCAGAAUUGGGCAUCACUCCACAGUCUCCUCAUGCCAGACGUCAAUCUGGAUUUGGAGGCAAAUAUCCGGGCGACAAAUUGGACAGCACUCGAUAUGGUGGAACAUGCUGAGGAUUUCUUCACUUCCGUGGGAUUACGGAAGAUGCCACGAAAAUUCUGGCAAUACUCCCAAUUUGAGAAGAGCAAUGCAACACGUUGUCACGGAACUGCAGCUAAUAUGUUCAUGCCGGAUGAUUAUCGGAUGAUUGUGUGUGCUGAAAAGACUUUGGAGGAUUUCUACGUGAUUCACCAUGAAUUUGGGCAUUUGGCCUACUACUCAGCCUAUAGGAAUCAACCAACAAUCUUCCAGGAGGGAUCUAAUUCGGCUUUUCAGGAAGCAAUUGGGGAUGCUCUGUUUAACGGUGUAAUGACCCCACAGCACCUCAACCGCUUAGCCCUGCUACCAGAUGAGUAUCUCCUGCCCAGCAACAAUACGCUAACAUUUGACUUUGUACAAGGAAGUGGAGCACAUCGCCGCACCCGAGAGACCCACAAUAUGUACGACAUUUCAAUUCUACUGCGAAUAGCUCUGGCCAAAAUACCCCAAAUUCCCUUUGAGUACAUCCUCGAUGUAUUCCGAUGGAGGCUUUUUAGUGGCAAAAUUGACCCCUUGGAUGCCAAUGAUUACUUCUGGGCCCUUACGGAGCUGCAUCAGGGUAUACGGGCACCUGGACAUGGGGAUCGACAUAGGAUGUUCGAUGCUGGAGCUAAAUUUCACGUGGCUGACAAUACACCCUAUGUACGCUACUUCCUGGCCAGCAUAAUUCAAAUGCAAAUCUUCAAGGGACUCUGUCAAAUGACCAUCUUUGAUCGUGUCGCCCCCGAAGAGCCCCUCCCGAUGCCCCUGCAUCGGUGUGAUAUCUAUGGCUCAAAGAGAGCUGGAAAAAUUCUCAGAAAAUCCCUUUCCUUGGGAGCAUCGGUACACUGGACGGAAGUUCUGAAGAUUCUCACGGGUUCUGAGAAAAUUUCAGCAGAACCUCUCCUUGAAUACUACAAACCCCUCAUUGAUUGGCUUCAGCACACAAUCCAUAAAUUCGAUAUUCCCGUUGGAUGGUAAAAUUAUUACCCAUCCACCCAAACAAAUAAUGAUCAUUCCUCAAAUAUUUUAAAAUAAAAAGUUUCUCAACAAAUUAUCACAUCA